AGUGGCCCUUUUUCGUUACCUUGCUGUUAGGAUAGCAAAAUGGGCGGCGAGAACGUGCGCCUGUACGUGAAGGGCCACAUUCUGGGCUACAAGCGGUCCAAGGCCAACCAGCAGAAUCAUACCGCUCUUCUUAAGAUUGACGGGGUGGCCACGAAGAAGGAGACGGCUUGGUACCUGGGCAAGCGCAUCGCCUAUAUCUACAAGGCCAAGACCGAGAAGCAAGGAACGAAGUUCCGGUGCAUUUGGGGCCGUGUUAUGCGCGCGCACGGCAACGUCGGCGUUGUGAAGGCAAAGUUUGCUUCCAACUUGCCUCCUAUCAGCCUGGGUGGCGCUGUCCGCGUUAUGCUCUACCCCAGCCGCGUGUGAUGUGUGCAAUGGUCCACGGAGGCGGAGAGCGGCGGCGUUGCCACAGCUUGAUGUAACUGCAAAGUGGAAUUC